AUGUCGAGCUCACCCGAGCCCGGCGCCGUCAAUGGCGGCUCGCCCGCGGCUGAUGCCCAUGACAACGUCGAUGCCGUCCCCGACCGUACCCGCAGCGAGAGUGACCUGUCUGAGGUCCGCGAUACCGUCGUCAUUGCCCGUCCGCUGCCGCCAGCCUCGGCCGCCCAUCGCGACCCUUCCGAGGACAAUGUCGAGAUGGAGGAUCAGGAGGCCAUUGAGUCUAGUGAAUCAGACAACGACAAUGCCUCCGAGGAUGCCGACUUCGACAUGGAGGAGAGUCCGGCUCCCUCGCAGAGUGAUGGCGCACGCGACGAACGAUCGACGUCCAACGACUCACAACGUGCCACCAAGCGCAAGGUCGCGGUCGUUGAGGAGGAUGACUUUAUAAAGGCAAACCCAGAGCUCUAUGGCCUAAGAAGAAGUUCGCGUCCAACAAAACAACCCAAAGUUGUUGAUUCCGAUGAAGAUGAUUCCGAUUCCGAUGUUCCUGUCAAUCGGCGUUCCAACAAGAGGCGACGCGUCGAGGAAAUCUCUCAGCAGUCUUCCAAGCGAGGUACACCCAACCGACCCUCCCCUGCCGAUGAUUCGGAUUCAGACAACUAUGGCGGAGCCCGCGCCAAAUCCUUCCAGAAGAAGGCACGCAAACAACAAGCCCUUGCCCCGGCGUCAACCAUAUACGCCGAGAAGCGAUGGUCCAGUCGAAAUGCGGCCAAGAAGGUACAGGCUGGCACUUAUCAGGAGAGCGAUGAGGACGAUGAAGACUCGGAGCUCACGCCGGCUUACUGGGGCGGUGAGGACUUGGCCGACGACACGCCCUACAUUGAGAAGGUUGUCGGCCAUCGCGUCAUCGACGACGGGGAAUUGACCGUGGACGCCACCAGAGACGACUUCGAGUACAACAUCAAAUGGGAAGGCAAGUCGCAUCUGCACAACACCUGGGACCCUAUGGACACCUUGCGUGGUUACCGUGGCGUCCGGAAACUCGAGAACUACUACAGAAAGGUUGUCGAGUACGAGAUUGACCUGAAGUUCGCUGGUGAUGACAUCCCUCCCGAAACUCGAGAACAAUACCUGCUCGACAAAGAGCGCGAGCAAGAUGCUCUGGCAGACUACACACACGUGGAGCGAGUCGUUGCCGUGCGCAGUGGAGACUCGGGCAAAGAGUACUUCAUCAAAUGGAAAGGACUCACGUACGAAUGCUGCACUUGGGAGCUUGCCUCCACUAUCCGCGACGACGCUCAAGACAAGAUUGAUCAAUUCCUGGACCGCCAGUCCCGCUCGUGGACGUCCGACAAGUACGAGUCGAACCCCAACACGCGGACCAAAUUCCUGAAGCUCGAAAAGCAGCCGGACUACAUUCGAAACGGUGAGCUGAGGAAUUUCCAACUUACUGGGUUGAACUUCCUCUGCCUGAAUUGGUGUCGAGCGAACAAUGUCAUUCUCGCUGAUGAGAUGGGUCUGGGCAAGACGGUCCAGAGUGUAUCAUUUCUGAGCUGGCUGCGGAAUGAGCGCCAGCAAGAAGGACCUUUCCUUGUCGUAGCACCGCUCAGUGUUAUCCCCGCUUGGUGCGAUACCUUCAACCUGUGGUCGCCGGAUCUCAACUACGUCGUAUAUCUGGGAAACAGCGAGGCUCGCAGCACCAUUCGCGAACAUGAGCUGCUCGUCAAUGGCAACCCGAAGAAGACCAAGUUCAAUGUUCUUGUCACCUCCUAUGAGUACAUCUUGUCGGAUGCUGACUUCCUCCGCACUCUCAAGUGGCAGGCACUUGCUGUCGACGAAGCUCAUCGCUUGAAGAAUAAAGAAUCCAAGCUUUAUGCUGAGCUGAUGAGCUUCGGUGCCCCUGCAAAGAUUCUGAUUACGGGUACGCCCAUCCAGAACAAUCUGGCCGAGCUAUCGGCUCUUCUUGACUUUUUGAAUCCGGGCAAAGUCGUGAUCGAUGAGGAUCUGGAGACGCUGCAAAGCGCCGAUGCCCAGACUAAGCUGCAGGAACUGCAUGCCUCUAUUGCACCCUUCAUCCUCCGUCGUACCAAGGAGACUGUUGAGUCCGAUCUACCUCCCAAAACGGAAAAGAUCAUUCGUGUGGAACUAUCUGAUGUUCAACUUGAAUACUACAAGAACAUCUUGACUCGCAACUAUGCUGCCCUUAACCAGGGCAACAACGGCCAGAAACAAUCCCUUCUGAAUAUCGUCAUGGAGCUGAAGAAGGUCAGCAAUCACCCGUACAUGUUUCCAGGAGCCGAGGACAGGGUCCUUGCCGGCAGCGAGCGCCGUGAGGAUCAGAUCAAGGGAUUGAUCACCAGUAGUGGAAAGAUGAUGUUGCUGGAUCAACUCCUCACCAAGUUGAGAAAGGACAACCACCGUGUCUUGAUUUUCAGUCAAAUGGUGAAGAUGCUUGACAUCCUGGGUGACUACCUUCGUCUCCGUGGCUAUCAAUUCCAGCGUCUAGACGGAACCGUGGCUGCCGCGCCCCGUCGCCUUGCUAUCAAUCAUUUCAACGCUGAGGAUAGCCAGGAUUUUUGCUUUCUCCUGUCUACCAGAGCUGGUGGCUUGGGAAUCAACUUGAUGACCGCCGAUACCGUCAUCAUCUUCGACUCCGACUGGAAUCCUCAGGCCGAUCUACAGGCCAUGGCUCGUGCCCAUCGUAUUGGUCAGAAGAGGCCUGUCAUGGUGUACCGACUAGUGUCCAAGGAGACAAUCGAGGAGGAAGUUCUUGAACGUGCUCGUAAUAAGCUUCUCCUUGAAUAUCUUGCCAUACAAGCUGGUGUAACAGACGAUGGAAAGGCAUUCAGAGAAGAGUUCAAGCAACGAGGCCUCAAAUUGGACGAAGCCAAGUCAGCCGACGACAUCCAAUGGGUACUCAAGAUGCGGUCACAGAAGAUGUUUGAGCAGCAAGGCAACCAAGAGCGGUUGGAGCAGCUUGACAUUGACUCGAUCCUUGAGAACGCCGAAGUCACCAAGACUCAAGUCUCGGACAAGAUGAACCUGAGUACAGGUGGCAUUGACUGGGAUAACUUCAUGCAGUAUACGGAUGUCAAAGUCGACGAUCUUGCUCUCGACUGGGAUCAGAUCAUUCCGGCAGAGGAAAUAGCGGCCAUCAAGACUGAGGAGGAGAAGAAGAAGAACGAAGACUUCCUUCGCCAAGCCAUGGAGGAGAAUGCACCGAGGCGGGCGGCUCUCAAGGGCGCAAAGUCUAAUGGUGACUCCGAACGAGCUGAGCGUGCGGCUAAGAAGCGCGAGCGCGAACAGCUCAAGCAGGAGCGCCUCGAGGAGCAACGAGCUCUGCGCUCUAACCCCCGCCGCCCUCUCAACGAGAAGGAAACACGAAAUCUCAUCAGAGCUUACAUGCGCUAUGGUUAUUUUGACGAUCGGCCAGACGAACUUCUUCGCGAUGCUCGUCUCAGUGACCGCGAUCGCGAGUUUAUCCGCGGACUGUUACAAGAUCUGCAACAAGGAGCUCAAGACGCCAUAGAUAGAAACAACGACGACCUCCGCACGCAGGAGCAACAGACUAGGAAGAAGUUGACCAAGAAGGAUAUCAAGGCCGUCAUGUUCGACUUUGGUGAGGUCAAAAAGAUCAAUGCUGAGACUAUCCUGGAGCGUCCGCCGCAAUUGCAACUUCUUCGACGUGUCAUCUCGGCACACGCAGACUUUCACGAUUUUACGCUGCCUGAAGCCACCAAAGCGGCGCACUACAGCUGCGAGUGGGGCGCGAAGGAGGAUGGCAUGCUCCUUGCUGGCAUCGAUCGUUACGGGUUCGGGGCCUGGACAAACAUCCGUGAUGACCGAGAGAUCGGCUUACAAGACAAGUUCUUCCUAGAGGAACAUCGUGUUGAGAAGAAGGCGCAGAGAGAGCAACAAGGGGAAGAAAAGGCCGGUGCCAAGGCUCCUGGUGCAGUCCACCUUGUUCGUCGCUCUGAGUAUCUUCUCUCUGUCCUCACGGCAGUGCACUCAGACGACGAUGAUGCCCGGAAGAUUGUUGAGAACCACCACCGCAACAAUAAGAAGGCAGCCCAUGCCCAGGCAAAUGGGUUGCGGCGCUCUGAUAAGGCUAGUGCGUCUGCUUCUCCAGCACCUCAUCGAAAGCAUCACCGAGAUCGCGACCAUGACCGCUCCCACUCGCGAGGAGAUCAUCAGCGUUCUCGCAGCAAUGCUGACGGAAAUACUCCGCGACCAGACUCAAAGCGCAAGCACAGCGGUAGUGUAGAUGAUCGUAAUCACAAGCUUCGCCGUGUUGACGAUGAUCAACGUCGGGUAGAUGAAGCUCAACGUCUCGAACUGGAAGAAGAAGAUGACAGAAAGAACGCACACAUUAUUGAAGCGCUCAUGCACCCCAUUUGGUCGCACGUCCAGAAGGUGGAAGGAUGCACGAAGGCGAAAAUCCCCGUUGCCAAAGCCAGAGCUAAGGUCUUGAAGGCAGAGAUCACGGCGAUUGGCAACUUCAUCGAAGGCUUGCAAGUGAACACGGAGCUUGAUAUCAACGAAAUCAAGCCAAAACUCUGGAGAUUCAUUUCCAAGCGUAUCCCAGCAAGUGACAAGCAACCUUCGGAUAAAGACGGCAAAGACAAGCCUGGUGCUCCUGAUCCUACGAGAAUGACCGGUCCACGUCUCUCGGCACUCUAUCAGCAACUUAAGCAGGCUGAGAAAAGUGGCGACGUCAAACCCAAACCUUCUAGCUCAACCGUCACCAAUGGUUCUUCGCGUGGCGAUUCUUCCAAGUCUAAGGACUAG